GAUUCUGACUAUUUCUGACUAGUCCGGACUCGUACGGGAUCGCAACUAUCAUUUACAUACAGCUGCGUGCACUUAAUUAGAAACGAGGUUAUCAGCACUUCAUAUAUUUGAAUAAAUCCGCGAACUUUCUAGUAGCCUUUGAUUAUUAAAUGUCAAAAUACUUGAAAUACAUGCGAGAGGAUUCAUAGAAAUUGUUUUGCAGUUUGCUUGAAUUACAACGUUACUUGGUUAGUUUUUUCUUAGUUGGCGUCAGGAGAGCUCGUGCACGUAAUUAGAAACGCGGAUAUUAUUUUAUAUUAUUUGACUAUUUUAAACGGUAAACCAUAUUGUUUGAUAUUUUGUUAUUUAUCUAACAUCCAUCUAUCAUCCUCUAAAAGGAAAACAUGGGAAAGAAUAAGAGUUGCGACGAAAAUACCCGAAAAAUUAUCGUACACAUGCACAAUGAUGGAAAAUCAUAUGGUUCCAUUGCAAACAGUUUAGGCAUAUCCAAAAAGAUGGCUUUAAUGCUGUGCAUCAUUUCAAAAGAUAUUCCACAUUUAUAAAUGUUCCACGAAAGCGUAGAUCCAGAAAAACAACCGCUCACGAAACAGCCUCAUAAUAAGAGAAUCUAAAAAAUUUUCGCAAAAAACAGCAAAUGAAAUAAGAGCAUCCGUAUUUGGUGAAAAUGAGAACAGACCUUCCAAAGAUACAAUAAAACGAAGAUUAAGAGAGGCUGGGUUAUUUGGCCGAGUUUCGCGGAAGAAGCCCCUUAUAACUGAGAGAAAUCGGAGAAGACGCUUGGAGUUCGCCAUAAAAUACAGCAAUUGGACGGUUAAAUAAUGGAAAGGAGUGUUGUUUUCGAACUAAAGUAAAUAGAAUCUCAUCUGAUGGAAAAACGUAUGUACGUCGCCCAAAAAAUUCUGCUUACUAUCCCAGAUACACCCGCCCUACUGUUAAGCAUGGUGGUGGUAGCAAAAUAUUUUGGGGGUGUAUGUCAUGGCGCGGCGUUGGGCCUUUACACCCGAUUGAUGGUAUAAUGGACAAAUUCCAAUACAUUUCCAUCUUCAACAACGUUCUCCUACCGUAUGCUGAGGAAAUUUUGCCUGUGACAUGGAUUUUCCAACAGGAUAAUGAUCCGAAGCAUACGGCUGGUGCAACAAAACAGUAGUUCUCUCAAAAUUAUAUAAACUUAUUGGAUUGGCGUUCAUGCAGCCCGGACUUAAACCCCAUAGAGAAUUUAUGGCAACAUGUAAAAAAGAAAAUCGCAGCUCAUAAAAUCGGAAAUUUUGAGGAACUGUAUGAAAGGACCUUGAAGUCAUGGAAUGCUAUUCCUAAAAGUGUGUAAGUUUUAUUUUCUUUUUUGCGUAAUAUCGUAGUGUUUAUUAAAAUAAACUUUGUAAAUGUUUUAGUUCGGAAAUAAAAAAAUAUUUACGUAACCUACUAUGCACAACCUCGUUUCUAAUUAACUGCACGCAGCUGUAUAUUAUAUAUCAUGUAUAUCAUAUAUAUAUAAUGUAUAUUAUAUGUAUAAUAUCAAAUGAAAUUCCUAGAGAAUUUCUCAUGCAUUCAUUUCUUCGUUAAAUUCUUAAACGAAAUAAGUUUUCUCUAUGCACACGAGUUACAUCUUAAUACUCCCCUGCUUCUCUCUUACCUACUUCUCUUUUAAUUACUUCCCUUCUACUCAUCAUUUAUUUACAUAAGUACCAGUAAAAGCUGAAGCACAACACCGGCGAACGGCAAAUUUUUCGUCGCGAAUGUUCGCCGAAAUAAUUAAAACACACUGAUUUAUAUGAGAACGCGCACAAUCAAAGCAAACGACGAAGUUUGCUCGACGACUGUUCGCGACGAUAGAUUUAUUUCUAUCGCCGCGGUCAACGGCAACGACAAAAAAAGGCCAUGAUGACCAUACUUUAAAAGUUAUCGUAAUUUUUGUUUAAAAGUAAAAUAAUACACCUUAUAUUUUUCCAUCAGAGAUUAAUCUAGUAAAACGUAAGUUUACUAGUAGUUAUAUUUAAAGACUAUUUCUAUAUUUUAAACUUCUUCUUGCUGGUAUUUUCCCUCUUCGUUGUAAAAGCUUCCUUCUUGAAACAUGGUCACCUUAUCAGCUGACAGCAUUCAAACCGCUCGAUACCGCUCUAUUUGUGUUUCAGUAAGCGAAUUAGCUGGGCGAAAGUUGGUCGUUGGCAUCGCUCUGCUGAGCGAAAUUUGCCGUUCGCCAGCUAUCGCAAUUAAAAUGUUGUCUAAAGAAGCGGUUGAAGUCAUUUUAAUUGCACUAAUGAUGUACGAGACUCGCGAAUGUUUGCGAAAAAUAAAUUCCCGCCGGGAGUCUUGGGUGAGACCACUUUACUUAAGUCGGGAUAUCAAUGGACUAUUUGCAUCAAGUUUUGAAGAAAUGUAUAAUAAUGACACUGAGCAGUUCAAAAAAACGGUUAGAAUGAGCAGAACGAUGUUUGACCAUCUCCUCGGACUUGUAGGAGAGCGUCUUACUAAGCAUUCCAAUAGGCCAUCAAUACCUGCCGCAUUAAGACUCUUUUUAACUUUGAAUUAUUUAGCACAUGGAGGUAGUCAGCACAUGCUCGCCAUAUCAUAUAAAAUGGGACGCUCCACGGCAAAUAAAAUCGUUUUGGAAACAUGUGAGGUUCUUUGGGAUGAACUGGGUGGCAUAUACUUGUCUAUACCAAACCGACAUGAAUGGAAACGUAUUGCAAACGAUUUCAAUUCGAUUUGGAACUUUCCCAAUUGUGUAGGUGCUAUUGACGGAAAGCACAUAAUAUUAAAGUGCCCUCCUAGCUCGGGAUCCUUAUUUUACAACUACAAGGGAACAUACUCCAUCGUACUUUUGGCAUGUUUCGAUGCUAAUUACACGUUUACCUGCAUCGAUAUUGGUGCAUAUGGCUCUCAAAGUGAUGGUGGUGUAUUGUGCAAUUCGAGCUUUGGGAGAAGACUUUUCAACAACCAAUUAGACCUUCCCGAGGAUGAUAUUCUGCCACACUCCACCCUUAGAUUUCCUCAUUUUUUUGUUGGAGAUGCAGCAUUUCCCUUAAAAAGCUAUAUUAUGCGACCAUAUCCAGGAAUACGUUUGUCGCCUGACCGCGAACUUUUCAAUAAGCGUCUUUCAAGAGCUCGGCGCGUUAUAGAAAACGCGUUUGGAAUUAUGACAGCUCGCUGGAGAAUUCUUCUGUCCCCAUUGCAAAUGCAUCCAACGAUUGCCGAGAGCAUUGUCAAAGCAACAGUGCUAUUACAUAACUUUUUAAAAAUGCACGAUGGCGCUUAUUGCCCACCAGAAUUUGUCGACCAAUAACAAGGAGACAAUAUUAUCGGUGGUUUAUGGCGUCAGGAAAUUACAACGCCCCUUCGAGGAACUGGUCGAUUAAUGGCGAACAAUGCCGCCAGAAGUGCUUUCAAUUUGAGGGAUCAGUUAAAAGACUACAUAACCGCGCACCCUAUUAAUUAAAUAAUAAUAUUCUCUUUCAUCAAUUUGUUCUUAAACUAUACUUUUUUUACCUAUUUUUUCAUAAAUUCAUUCUUUAUUAAUUAGUAUUGGUUGCUAUCCCAGAAUCCAUCGUAGUCUGAUUUUUCGUGAAAUCUACGAAAAUGCGAUCACUGGAUCCGAAUUAAAACGAAGGAGUGAAUUAAAAGUAUAUGCUACGUUCGUAGCUAAUCGAAUUCAAGGAUAGCAUUUUCGUAGAUUCCACGAAAAAUCGGACUACGAUGAAUUCUGUGAUAGCCAUGAUUAGCACAUCAUUUUUGUUUUGCUUUUUAAGCACAUACAAAAACGAUACAACAAGAUACAGCCCGCGACAAAACGGUAGCACAUCAAAAUUUUGAUCAGUUUUGACUAUAUAUCUUUUCUUUCUUCAUUAUUUUUCUAUAAAAUUAUAGCUCAUUAGCUAAAAAUCCAAAUUUCACAAACUUUUCAUACCAAUUUCAAUCAUAUUUAUUAGAAUUUCUAAUCAUUUUUAGUAUGCUGUUUUAUAACAUAUACAAUUUUACAAAUUUUUAAAUUUAGAUUUAUAUGGCUUUUGCUGGAUAAAGAACUAUAAUUUAAUAAAAAAUAAAUGAAUGUUAAAGACAAAAGAA